CCCGUUUGUUUCGCAGUGAUAUUCUAAUUUAGUCUUGUUGUCACAUCAUGUCUGUUUCUUAGUUUUCUUGGUGUCAUGGAGCGAUGCUUUAGCCCUGGCUCCGCCUCUGCCCCGAGAGAGAAGGCUAAGUUUUUUGGGCACCAUGGUGGACCUCAGUAAGUGGCCUCUGUUCUCUCUGCUGAGCUCUCAGGAGCUUGCCACCAUCCGACAGGCCUGCGUCUUUGGAACAUCUGCGAAUGAAGCCAUCUAUGUCACAUACACCAAUGAGGUGUUUGUGUUUGGGCUGAACUGCAGUAGCUGCCUUGGUACAGGAGACAGUCUGAGCACCAUUGUGCCGAAGGAACUGGACUUCCUGAGGGGUAAAAGGAUUGUUAGCCUGAGCUAUGGCAGCGGGCCCCAUGUCCUGUUGGUCACCGAUGAUGGACAACUUUUUGCUUGGGGUCACAAUGGCUACAGUCAGCUGGGGAUUGGAACUACCAACCAGGGUCUGUGUCCCGUUCUGGUGACCUCUAACCUGCAGAACAAGAAAGUGAGUGCGGUGGCCUGUGGCUCCCAUCACUCUGUGGCCCUCACGGUGGACGGAGAGGUCUUUGCAUGGGGUUAUAAUAACUGUGGACAGAUUGGAUCAGGUUCCACAGCCAACCAGCCGUGUCCCAGGCACGUGUCCUGCAGCCUGCAAGGCAAAACUGUCACAAGCAUUACAUGUGGACAGUCGUCCUCUGUGGCUCUGGUCGACAACGGAGAAGUCUAUGGCUGGGGCUACAAUGGUAAUGGACAGCUUGGUGUUGGGAACAAUGGAAACCAACUGACACCUUGUCGAGUUACUGAGCUGCAGGACAUUUGUAUUCAGCAGAUUGUGUCAGGCUACGGGCACUGCCUGGCUCUGACAGACGAGGGGCUGCUGUAUGCCUGGGGAGCAAACACAUAUGGUCAACUGGGAACUGGGGCCAAAAGCAACCAUCACAGCCCCGUGCAAAUCAUGGCUGACAAAGAAAGGGUUGUCGAGGUGGCAGCAUGUCAUUCAACACAUACAUCAGCGGCUAAGACCCAAAGUGGACAGGUGUAUAUGUGGGGUCAGUGUCGUGGCCAGUCUAUCAUCCUUCCACACCUCACCCAUCUCACCAGCACCGACGACGUCUUUGCCUGCUUUGCCACGCCCUCCGUGAUGUGGCGUCUUGUGUCCACGGAGCUCGACGACUUCCAAACGGUUGCAGAAGCCCUCAAGAAAGAGUUUGACAGCCCGGAAACAGCUGACCUCAAGUUCAGCAUCAACGGCAAAUGCAUCCACGUUCACAAAGCCUUGCUGAAGAUCAGGUGUGAGCAUUUCCGUUCCAUGUUCCGGUCCCAGUGGGUGGAGGAUCAGCAGGACGUGAUCGAGAUCGAACAGUUCUCUUAUCCCGUCUACCGAUCCUUCCUGCAAUUUCUCUACACGGAUACAGUUGAUCUUCCACCCGAAGACGCCAUCGGUCUGCUGGAUCUGGCCACGUCUUACUGUGAAAACCGUCUGAAGCGCAUGUGUCAGCAGAUCAUCAAGCAAGGCAUCACCGUCCAGAACGCCUUCACCCUGCUCUCUGCCGCCAUACGAUACGACGCAGAGGACUUGGAGGAGUUUUGCUUUAAGUUUUGUGUCAACCAUCUGACUCAGGUGACUCAGACGGACGCGUUCUGGCAGGUUGACGGUGUAAUGCUCAAGGAGUUUAUCAGCAGGGCGAGUCGCUGUGGAGCUUUCAAGAACUGACUGGUAACUUCAGAUUUUUCUGUCCUGACUGCGCUCCCAAAGCGGCGCUCAGUGGGUAGCAGCUGCUUCAGCCGCUCUGAUUACAUUCCUGUUGAUCCUUCACAAACUGGAUGUUGCUGCCGCUUUUAUUGUCGGGACACAAAGACAGCAUGACAACUUAAGUGUGUUAUCCACUUGAUGUAAGUCUUGAAUUUAAGCUGCAUCAUACUGAUGUCAGCAUUUAAAGAGAGUUCCUGAGCAGUCCCUGAGACGGGGCACCUUUUUUGGUCUUCCUGCAUUGGUUUCUCAAUACUUGAAUUUAGUUUUCUUAGCCAGUGCUCCUCUGUUUGAGUCCACACAUUAAAGGUUCAUGUGGGAAUUCAAAGACGUGACAGAAAAUGAAAGUGUUUAAAUCACUAUUAAUAAGAGGUUAGAUGACUUAAAGCUGCAGUGUGUUGGCUUUGGUGCCAUCUAGUGGUGAGGCUGCAGAGUGUGUUAUGCCUUCACCAGACAUGAUGAUGUUUCAUGGUUUUGCUUCUUUUUAAGGUGGAUUCAUGCUCUCUUGCCUUAUCUUGUGAUAAGCGAUGUGAUCCCACAUUUCACAUUUCAUAAAAACGAGGGUUCUCGCACUUGGUAGCCUGCAAUAGUAACCUGGAGACAGCAUAUAGGGGAACAACCACUGAUUACUCUCCACCCGCCCUUGAGUUUUCCAGACGCGCUGCAAAAUGUGAAACAUGGUGGCCUCCAUGAGAUGAUCCACUCCCAUGUAGAAAUGAAGAGCUCAUUAUAAAGAUAUCGAAACACUUCAACUCAUUGUUGCAGGUAAUUACACACUAAUGAUCUCAUGGUUAUGAAUGCUAGAUUCUAUUUCUGAUUAUAAACGCCGCUAAAUCCUCCACACUGUAGCUUUAACUAGCACACAACAGCAGGAAAUGGGUGCAACUGCACUAGAAUGUAAUAUUUCCACUUGCUGAGUCAGAUGGUCUGUACAUGAGCAGUAUCUCUACUAGUAGCAACAACUUAAUGCCCAGCAUUAAUAAUAAAUAAAAUAAAUCCCUCUGUUACCUGUAUUUCAGGAGAAUUAGGUGUUAAACUGUUAAACAGUUCUUUGUUAGUUAAGGGAACCAGAGACCGAAGACAGCAACUGGGUGUCUUUGGUACUGGGUCUCUCUGAAGACUCUUUGGGUAUCAAUGGAAUAGUUUUAUGUUAAAUGAGCAGAGAGAAGAGCCAGAUUAUUCUUCAGACUUAAAAAAAAAAAUCAUCAUACAAGAGGUUGAGAACCCAGGAAGGAAAGAGAGGGUGCUUGAGAGAGCAGAGACGUAGACCUAGCAUUGACCAAUACUUCCUACAAAGUAACCAGUCAAAUCAGUUAAUUGAAGCACAGCGACGGGACAAAAACCAAUGCUCGCAGAGCAUCAGCACCCCUGUCACGGAGGAAGAUAAUACAAGUACAGAAAUGGUGGUGGAGGAACGCAAACAACCACAGAGACCUCCCAAGGAGGAAAAGCUCAAAGGGCACAGACCAAGUGUGAAGGGGCCCAAAGCUGUUGAAAAGAGAGAGUGGGAAAUAGUCAACAACGACCUGUCAAGAAUCCUGGAGCAACAAGUGGGCAGCACAGAGGAAAAAGCUGGAAAGGAUGGGCAACAUCAUCGACCACUAUGGAGAAGAGCGCUUUGGGGUGAACAUAAGGAAAAGGGACAAAAUAACACCAGCAACAGCCAAAUCCAGGAGGCACAAAGAGAUCGAAAGACUAGUCAGAGAAAGAAAACAGCUGAGAAAGCAGUGGAAGAAGGCCUCUGAUGCAGAGAGAGAUGGUCUCAUGCUACUCCAGGGGGUCAUUAGAUGUCAAUUGGCAACCUUGCAAAGAGCAGAGAACUUAAGGAAACUUCACAGGAGGAAGAAACACACAAGAACACAAUUCUUUAAAAAUCCUUUAAGUUCGUCAAAGACCUUUUCACUAAGGAAAAAGUCAGAACCCUGAGAACUCCAAAGCAGGAACUGGAACAGCAUCUGGAAAAGGUCUAUCAUGACACAAAAAGGCACGGACAGUUAGUUAUCCCACAUGAUAUCCCACCUAUUCAACCUCCUGAAUUAAUCUUGGAGACUGGGCCUCCAAAAUGGAAGGAAGUAUAGAACACUGUACGGCCCGCAAGAGCAGUGUCAGCCCCUGGCCAAAUGCUUUACAAGAAUGCACCAGAUGUUGUACGCUACCUUUGGACGCUCAUGAGGAUAGUGUGGCAGAAGGGAAUAAUUCCUAAAGCGUGGCAAAGGGCUGGAGUUGUGCUUUUUCCCAAGAAUAAGGAUGCAACAGAUAUCAGUCAAGUCCAGCCAAUCUGCCUUCUCAGCUUUGAAGGGAAAAUCUUUUUCAGCAUGAUAGCGCAGAGGCUGUCCAUCUACCUGGGGAACAACAAAUACAUUGAUACAUCUAUAUAGAAGGCCGGCAUUCAUGGGUUCUCUGGUUGUCUGGAGCAUACCAGUGUGAUGUGACACCAGAUCCAACCAGUGAAGAGGGACAGAAGAAACCACCAUGUCACCUUCCUUGACCUGGCCUUUGGGUCAGUUCCCCAUAAUCUCCUCUGGGAAUCCUUCGAAUUCUUCCACAUUCCAUUAGCCAUCACUCAUCUAAUAAAAACCUAUUUUGAAGACCUGCAACUGUGCUUCACAACUGCCGACUUUACAACAUCAUGGCAGAGUGUAGAAGCAGGCAUCAUGCCAGGCUGUACAAUCUUACCCCUGGCCUUCACAAUGGCCAUGGAGGUCAUCAUGAGGCCCUCAAAAUGGGUGGUGGGGGGUGAGCAAACUAACAACAGGAUCCACCUUCCACAUAUCCGAGCAUACAUAGAUGACAUGACAACUUUGACCACUACUGCAGCAUGUGCCAGGCAGCUACUUGAAAAACUGCAGGAGAACAUCAAGUGGGUUUGGAUGAAAAUCAAGCCAGUCAAGUCACGAAGCAUCUCAACAGUCAAAAGAGCACUUAAAAAUGUGAAGUUCUGCAUUGGUGAUGACCCAGUUCCAACAGUGUCUGAGCAACCUGUCAAAAGCCUGGGCAGAUGGUACAGUGUAACCCUCAGGGACAAAGAUCAAGUGCUGCAACUAAUGCAGGAUAUCACCAACAGUCUGGAA